GCGCUUGCGUGGACGCCAUCUUUCCAAACUCCGCCCCUCAACGAGCCAGAGCACAAAUCAGGAUCGAUGGUCAUUCUCUGGUUUACUGAAUGCACAAAUGUAUCGCAAAGGGGUAUGAACAAAGGGGAAUUUUCAGUCAGGAAGUGGAAACCAAACAGCACAGCAGAAUCUGACACAAUUCAAUGCUUUAUCGCAACUUGAAUAUCGAUAUUCUGAAGAAGGGUCGCUGGACCUGAAAUAUUCAUUCUACUUUCUCUCCACAGAUGCUGCCAGGUGUGAGCUUUUCCAGCAAUUUCUAUUUGUGUUCCUAAAUAUCAUUGGAUUUUAAACAUGGAAGAAAAAAAUAGUAUUCACAGUGGGGAAAAACCAUAUACAUGUUCUGUGUGUGAACGAAGUUUCACCCAAUCAUCUGGCCUAUCACGACACAAAUGCAGUUCCAAAAGAGAGAAGCCGUGGAAAUGCGUGGACUGUGGGAAGGGAUUUAUUUCUCCAUCGGUGCUAGAAAUUCAUCGGCGUGGUCACACAGGGGAAAGACCAUUCAUCUGCUCCACGUGUGGAAAGGGCUUUACUCAGUCAGCCAACUUGCUGGAACACCAACGAGUUCAUACUGGGGCAAGACCAUUCACUUGUCCUGAGUGCGGGAAGAGAUUCACUCAAUCAUCCAACUUGCUGACACACCAGCGAUCUCACACUGGAAAAAGGCCAUUUACCUGCCCCGAGUGUGAGAAAGGAUUCACGCAACAUUCACAUCUGCUUAGGCAUCAACGGGUUCACACUGGGGAGAGACCCUUUAAAUGCUUAAACUGUGGGAAGUCCUAUAAAAGUUCUGGGGAACUGAUGUCCCAUCAACGUGUUCAUACUGAUGAGAAACCAUUCAGGUGCUCUCAGUGCAGCAUCGGAUUCAAGCACUCAUCUGAUCUCACUGUCCACCGGCGAUGUCACACUGGAGAGAGGCCAUUCACAUGUUCCGAGUGUGGAAAGGGUUUCACUCAAUCUUCCACCCUAUUCAAUCAUCAGCGUAUUCACACUGGGGAGAGACCGUUCCCCUGCUCCAAGUGUGGGAAGAGAUUUACUCGGCCAUCCCACCUGCUAAGUCACCAGCGGGUUCAUGUUAGUGAGAGGCCGUUCACCUGCUCUGAGUGUGGUAAAGGAUUUACUCAGUCAUCCAACCUGCUGAGACAUCAACGAGCUCACAAGCCCGGAUUUAUGGUCACCAUCUUUAUUGGGGUCAAUGGCAACGGGACCACCAUCUUACUAGGGGGCAAGUUGCUGUCGCUCGUCUUGGACAUAGGCCACAGUCCAGCUAUUGUGUACAGGAAGGAGUGGAUGAGGAGUAUGGCGCUGGUCAAAAAUGCAGCUUUGUCCUCGGUUAUUGCAAAUGGAGGAUUUACAUUUGGGAAACUCAAACUAAUUGUCACAUCGGGAUCUAACAGGCAUCUGACCAGGUCUGCAGACUUGAAGAAAUCUGAAUGUUUUCUGAUUUGGAGCAUGGAAGGAAAAAACGUUCACAGUGGCAGGAAACCAUGGAGGUGUGGAGAUUGCGAAGAGCGUUUCCAAUCCCCUUCUGCACUUGAAAUUCACCGGCGGGUACACACCGGGGAGAGACCAUUUACUUGCUCUGUGUGUGGGAAGGGAUUCCCUCGGUCAUCUCAUCUGCUGAGGCACCAGCGACUUCACACAGGGGAGAGACCUUUUGCUUGCCAAGACUGUGGGAAGUCCUUCAAAUGUUCUAGGGAACUGAUAUCUCAUCAAAUUCUUCACACUGAUGAGAGACCGUUCAGGUGCUCUGACUGUGAGACUGGGUUCAGGCGGUCAUCUGACCUCACUAAACACCAGAGGGUUCACACCGGUGAGAAGCCAUUCACUUGCUUCGAGUGUGGGAAGGGGUUCACUCAGUCGUCAGCCCUGUUGCAACACCAGCGAGUUCACACCGGGGAGAGACCGUUCUCCUGUUCAGAGUGUGGGAAGGGAUUCACAGCAUCAUCUGCCCUGCUGAGACACCAGCAAGUUCAUACAGGGGAGAGGCUGUUCACCUGCUCAAAGUGCGGGAAGGGAUUCACACAGUCGUACAACCUACUGAGACACCAGCGAGUUCAUGAGUGGGAUGAGUACUUAGGGCUCCUAGGUCACAGGCAAGCACCAUUCCUCAUUCCCAGGAUGGCGACUCCGCAUGCGUUCUGCUCCUCGUGGCCCCAAAUAAAGAUGGCAGCUGUUCCUCAGAUCUCGAGCAAAUGGGCAAACUCAGCAAUUGUAGCCUUUCACUUCAAAAUCGCCACGACUUUGAAUAUGAAGCAUGAUAGUGUAGAAAAUGAGGACGAAGGAAACCAUAUCAUAGUUCUGAGAGGGAGGAAUGGGGCGAAGGGAGAAUUGUGCGUAAAAGGGCAGGCGUGGUGGGAGUCAUGCAUCAAGCACCAUGCUGGGAAUCAUUGGGGAUUUGAGGAGAAGCACCCCAGGACCUUGUCUAAAAUCUUCAAUCUGUAUCCAAAUAUCUAUUUCUUAUCAACUAAUGUAGACAUCAUCUUUACCUUAAUCAACCUGUUCAGAGAUGGAUUCAUUCAGUCAUCCACUCUGCUGAGACACCGCCGAGUUCACGAUGGAGAGGGACCAUUUACCUGCUCCUGUUGUGGGAAGCGAUUCACACAGUCAUACAACCUAUUGAGACACCAGCGAGUUCACACUGAUGAGAGACCUUUUAAAUGUCCUGACUGUGGAAAGUGUUCUCGAAGUUCUUGGGAACUGAUGUCCCAUCAACGUAUUCAUACCAAUGAGAGACCAUUCAGGUGCUCCCACUGUGGGACUGGGUUCAGGCAAUCUUCUGACCUCACGGUACACCAACGAAUCCACACUGGAGACAAACCUUUCAAAUGUCCAGAAUGCGGCAAGAGCUUUAAAUGUUCCAAGGAACUGAUGUCCCACCAACGUGUUCACACUGAUGAGAGACCGUUCAGAUGCUCUGAUUGUGGGACUGGGUUCAGGCGAUCCUCUGACCUUACUAAACACCAGCGAAUUCACACUGGGGAGAAACCGUUCAUUUGCUCCAAGUCAACACGGAACUACACCAACUACACCAGGUUUUCAGGGAUGAUGGAUAUCCAACAAACUAAGUCAGAAGAUGCCCACACGAACAACACAAGGAAGAACUUUAAAGCUGUCGUGAGUUCAGCAAUGGUGGACCUCAUAGAUAUGAGUUUCCUGAUUGGGGCUGUUAACCUGGAGUAUACGAUUGUGACCAUGGAAGGAAAAAGCACAGAUCACAAUGGGGAGAAACUCUACACGUGUUUGGUUUGCGGACACGUCUUUUAUCACUCAUCUGAUCUGUCCAUGCACCAGCGUAAUCACACUAUGGAAAAGGUCUGGAAAUGUCAGGAGUGUGGGAAGGGAUUUAAAUAUCCAUCCUUGCUGGAAACUCAUCAGCGUAGUCACACUGGGGAGAGGCCAUUCAUCUGCUCCGAGUGCGGAAAAGGCUUUGCUGCAUCGUCCACACUGCUAUCUCAUCUGCGUGUUCACACUGGGAAGAGGCCAUUCACCUGCUCUGUGUGUGGGAAGGGAUUCACUCAGUCAUCAACCCUGUUAUCGCACCGGCGAGUUCACACUGGGGAGAGGCCAUUUACCUGCUCUCGUUGUGAAAAGGGAUUCACUCAGUUAGCAAACCUCCUGAAACACCAUCGAGUUCACACUGGGGAAAGACCCUUCACCUGCUCGCUGUGCGGGAAUGGAUUCACACAGUCAUCUGACCUGCUGAAACACCAGCGGGUUCACACUGGGGAGAGGCCAUUCAGCUGCACCAAAUGUGGGAAGAGGUUCACUCAGUCAUCCCACCUGCUGAAACACCAGCGAGUUCACAAGUAACUGCAGUUUUUGUCAUUAAGCAUACCCAGUAAUGAAUGUCAGCCAUUAGGAUCUGUUUCUACGGAUGAGUUAAAUCAUAAUGUAGAUACAAUUCAAAUAUAAAGAUAAAUCUACAGGAUGAAGUGGAGAAUAUAAUCCCAACUCACAGUAUAUUAAUGAAUUUAUACUGAGUAGAGAACUGAACACCUGUAUGGUGUAUGAAAUUUCCUGAUUCAUUUUGAAGUGGUGAAAUUUCCAGAGUCACUGUCGGAGUGACCAUCCAGCUCUUAAACCAUGUUUUCUGGGGCCUGUCUGUGAUGUUUUUAAACUCCAGUUUGAUUAUGUAUUUGAGAUACAAAUCAAAUAAAUCAACUUUCUGUUAAA